GAAAGACAGAUCCCUUCUGUGGAGGUGAUCGCAUUGUUACUUGACUGUAAAAGGAAUCCAGAAAGUCAGGGCUGUAACAGGCUAUCAAUUUUUGAUGUGAUAAAAACAAUUUUGGAGAUUUACCAUGAGUACAGCUGCAGAAAGAAAAUUUAUUAACAUCAGAAAAAGACUGGAUCAGAUGGGAUAUCGACAGCCUUUGAGUGUUGAUUGUUUACCUUUGGUGGAGAAACUUUUCAGUGACCUUAUUCAUACAACGGAGAGUCUUCGGAAAACAAAACUAUAUGUUGGAAAAGCUGAAAAAGAAAGUGCCAAUUUUGAUUAUGUUUUGGAACCUUAUAAAAAAGAAAAUGCUAAACUGACCAGGGAAAAUAAUGAUCUACAUCUGGAUUUAUUGAGGACAAAAGAACAAUCAGAAAUAAGUAUAAAAGAUUUGAAAGUCAAAUUAAGAAAAAUGGAGAUCGAGACAGCUGACUUGAAGUUUCUGAAUAACCAGUAUGCUCAUAAAUUGAGAGUGUUGGAGAAGGAGAGCAAAGCCAAGAAUGAAAAAAUCCAGCAACUCCAAGAAAAGAACCUCCAAGCAGUGGUACAGACCCCAGGUGGCAAGAAGAGAAGUAUUCCUUUUAGACGCCAGCGUAUGCAGAUUGACCAACCUGUGCCUCCCUCUGGAAUCAGUGCCUAUCCAGUUCCUCAGCCAAAUGAUCCCUAUAUUGCUGACCUUCUGCAGGUGGCAGAUAACAGAAUUCUGGAGCUUCAAGAAGACGUGUGCCACUUACAGAAGAAGUUAGUAUCUGCUGAAAAUGAAUUAGAAAAUUCUUGCAAACAGAUUGAAUUAAGAGAUUUAGAAAUAGAACGGCUCUCAGUUGCACUUGAUGGUGGUCGCUCCCAUGAUGUUCUCUCUCUGGAAUCCAGAAAUCACAGUAAUGAGAAGCUUAUUACUCACUUGAAUAUUCAGAUUGAUUUCCUGCAACAAACAAACAGAGACCUGGAAAAUCGUAUACAAGAACUCUUGGACAGCAAGAAAACUGUAACCAAUGAGGUUAUUACUUUAAACAACAAAAAUGAAACACUGUUUCGUAGAUUGGAUGAAAUAGAUCAUAGAGCACAUCAUAUUGAAAGGCAUAGAGAAGAAGUUCUUGAGACUACAGAUAAACAACUUAUGGAAGCUCAGGGAGAAAUCAAAAGACUUCACUGUGAAAUGCAUGCCCUUGAAGAAACAAUAGCAAAUCUUAAAAUGGAAUUAAACUUAUGCCAUAAAGAAAAAGCACGAUUAACCGAUGAACUAGUGAUAAAAACAGACCUUGAAACAAUUAUCAAUCAAAUUGAACAUGAAAAAAAUAGACUUGCCCGAAAAGUUGAAAAGUUUGCCAAGUCAGAAAGAGAACUUGUUCUAGAAGUAGAGAGAAUGAGGAAAGAUUACUGUGCAACGCGUAGGAAAAAAUCACCUUCUCGUCUAGAUGUAUUUCUUAGGACUGUAGAAGAAGAACGGGAUCAUUAUAAAAAAGAACUAGAAAGACUCCAGAAGAUCAUAAAACGCAGAUCUAUACCAAUGCGAAGUUCAAGAUGUGAAAGAAGUUUAAAUGUUAUAUGUCCAGAAAAGGGUGCUUACAUUUCAGAACUCUGCCUAAUCACAAAAGAGAGAGACGAACUUCAGGCUUUGUUGGAUAAAUUUGAAAGCCACAUGGGUGAAAUACAGUGCAAUGUGAAAUUAUUGACUGCAGAAAGAGACAAACUGAGUGACCUAUACAGUCAAGCACAGCAUGAUUUAUGUACACUAAGAAAGGAAGCAUCGUAUUCUUUGCCACCCCAAGAGAUUCUUUGUCUUAUGGAACAAGAAAAGGAAACCGCAUUAACCGACUUGAGAUUAACGAUUGUAGAAAAGGAAGCUUUAAGAGAGAAGUUGAAGAACCUACAGGAACUGGCUUUUGUGGGAAAAUCGGAAAUGGAAAAAAAUCUUGAAGAUCUGGAAAACAUCAAUUAUGAGCUUGAAACUGAGAGAUGUGAUUUGAAGACUAAAGUCUCAGUGAUGAGGGAGACAAUAGAGUCACUAGAGAAUAAACUGAAAGCCCAAUAUCACAAACUUAUCCAUGUUGCUGAUGACUCGUCACAACAGAAGACAGCAUUGAACUCAUUAAGGAUAAUAAAUGAUCAGCUGCAGAGAGCUGUCGAUGACUUUCAGCACCGAUGUGCAAUUAAAAAUGAAGAACAGCAAGCAGCUGAAAUACAGAUUGCAUCCCUGGAGGAAAAAAUAGGUAAACUAACCUGUAAAAUCACUUCACAAGAUGAAGAAAUAGUUGCACUUAAAAAUACCAUUUGUGUUAUUGAUAAGGAGAAAGACUACCUUCAGGAAGCAGUAGAUGAAAAGACAGAAAAAGUUGUAAGCUUAGAAGAUAUUAUUGCAAAUAAGGAAAAAACUAUUUCCCAUUUGCAAGUUACAUUAGCAGAGGUGGAGUCUACAAUAGGACAACUACAGGACUUACUAAGUAAUCGAGAACGUGACGUAAGUAGUCUUCAACGCCAGCUUGAGGAAACCCGACUAGAGCUUACUGAAGUAAUAAGAGCAAGGGAAAUAGCUCUUAAGGAAAAUAGAAGAUUACAAGAUGAUUUAGGUACAAUGACAAGAGAAAACCAGGCUGUUUCACUGGAAUUAGAACAAGCAAUUCAUGAAAAAGAAGAAUUGAAGAAUAGAGUUCAUGAUUAUAUAACUGAAGUUUCCAGAUGUGAAACCAUCAUGGCUGCUAAGGAGCAAGAAAAUCAAGACUUAUUGGAGAAAUUCCAAAUGCUCCAUAGUCGAGCUGAAGACUUAAAAAUAAAGGCUCAUCAUGCUGAAGGAGAGAGUACCUCAAUACGGCUUGAACUCCUCUCAGUUGAUACAGACAGGAGACAUCUUCGAGAAAGAGUGGAGCUUUUAGAAAAAGAAAUUCAAGAGCAUAUAAAUGCUCACCGUGCUUAUGAAACUCAAAUCUCUUCGAUGACAAAAGCCUUGUCUAGAUUGGAGGAAAAACUCAGAUGUGAACAUGAUGAGAAGGCGUCAAUAUUAACUGACUUGUCUUCUCUGAGAGAACUUUGCAUUAAACUUGAUUCAGGCAAAGAAUUCAUUGCUCGGCAGUUGGUCUCUAAAAACAUGGAAUAUGAGAGAGCCAUGGAAGAAGUAGAAACUGCAAAAACAGAAGCAGAGGUAUUAAAACAACAAUUGUCAAGUGAGAGAGUUACAGUUGACAACCUUGAAACAUUGUUGGCUACCAACAGAGACAAAGAAUUUCACUCUCAUAUAAGUUCACAUGAAAAGGAAUCAGAAAUUCUUCGACUUCAAGAUAUGCUAGCCAUUUCUGAGAAUCAGCUGGCCAGUCACAUUCGGGAGUCUAAUGUACUUCGAGCUAAAAUUACACAAAUGCAGGCAGACAAUGACGUCUUAAAAAUGCAGCUUGCAACUGAGCAGUUUGACCGGUAA